UUAACUACUAGCCAUACAAGAUGGUCAGUCAGAUGUAUUUGCGCACAGCAUCCGCAGUUCUACUCCUGCUAUCAUGUCUUCACAUGACCAAAGCUGAUGCUCCAAAUCAGCUGGAGUUUUUAAGCCAAGUAGCCAAGGAUAUAAAUGUGUUGGGAAAAACCGCUCUAUGCCAUAGUGUACAUGGAAAUGAUGCUGAAAUUCUCUCGAAGGCUUACAAAGUUUAUGACACCACUGUGAACGGCAUUAAGACCAGUGUGGAUGGACCUUUGACAGAAGAGAAAUUUGGCACCUUGCUAAAAAUUCUUGUCCAUGACACUUCGGCUGCCGCAAAAGUUGUGGAUCCUGCAUGUAGUAAUGCUGCAAAUUAUUGUCCCGAAUCGGAUCCUCCCCCUCAGGCAGCCACCAUGGCAGCAUUGGGUAAAGCUUUGAUAACAUUGGGUUCCACCUUCGAAUGUUUAACUGCCAAUCCCAAUCCAGAGCACCUUGCAACGGUGCCCGUCAUUAUUGGCAAUGCCAUACAGAAAGUGGCAAACCAUAAAGGUGACUCCAUAACUUCGGUUGGUAUUAUCUUGCCAGAAAUUAUUGAAAUCGCUGUGGGAUUCCAGUCUUUGAGUACCACUUGUGCAAAUGUCGCACAACCAUGUUAA